AUGGAAGCCAACAAUUCGCCAACCUGCCAAGGCCUUCCUGCUCAGGUCAUCUCGGGCGUACUACUUCAAAGCAUGCCCGAGUGCCAACUUCUUUCUUUCGAUGACAUCUACGAGAGCCUGUCGGAUUGCCACGAUGUCGCACCUCUCACUGUGCGCUACCGGAUCCUGGGCAACUUCAUCAAGGAUGACAACACUCAGGUCACCCAAGCGCGCAGCAUCCUGAUCGAGCAGGUGCUACGCCUGAUCUCUCAGUCUUCGCCAACAAAGACGCCUUUGGUAUCAUUUCCAGUGAUUGCAGGGCAGGCAAACUUUGUCGACAUCCAAUUCUCCAACAGGGCUGAAGUGGAACAGGCGAGCAAACUGGUCCUUCAGCUCCAUGGCAACAACGUCGUCUUCUUUGGCAGGGGCAGCACUCUGCCACCUACGGACGUCAUCGUCAUCAUCAGACAAUUCAUAGAGACCCCGCUGAAAUCAACUCGCUCAGCACUGCAGCUCAUGGUCAAGCAGUAUAACGAUCUCUAUUGCCAGGAGCGCCCAUUCUCAUCAAUCUCGACAGGGCCAACCAAGCUGGAGAUUGUCUCUCUUUGGGCUCAGCGGAUCGGUUAUCCGGAAACCAAAGCCCCUCCUCACCUUACUGGUGUGGUUUUUGCGCAGUUACGUUUCCCUGCCGAUGAUCUUUUGAUCGGUGACGUGCACAGCAUCAGCUUUCCACAUGAGGCCGUAGGCAUGUUCCCAGCUUACAUCAAGGUCCUGGACCGCCGGUACGAGAUGCACUACACUGGACGCCAGGCUACGUGCUCUUUCUGCAAAGAGUACCGCCCCAACAAAGAGUUUCGCCACAGCCUCAGAGACUGCUCUCGGCGCAAGUGCUACCACUGUGGUGAAGCUGGCCACUUUAAAACUUCGUGUCCACGUAAUCAGCGAGACGGCCUCGAUGAGCAGGGGCCCUACUUUGACGAUGAUGUCAGUCCUGUCAUCCGCACCUCUCGCAGCCAGGUUAGCUAG